UUUUCAUAAUAGUUAAACCCCGCCCCUUGUACUUUAACUUUGCCACUUUUCGUUUUAUAUUCAAAUUUAUUAAGCAUUUUUAUUUAAUAGCUUUUAUUUUAAUAAAUUUUAUAGAUUUGCAGAAAAUGGAUCAAACCGUGGAUUUCAAUUCCCGCGGCAAUAAUAAAGGUAGAUGAUAAAAUUGCUAAAUGUUUAAUUUACAUAUGGCAUUAUUAUCAUUUACAGAAGCAAUGAUUACGAACAACAGGGAUGGAGAUACUCGUAAUAUGCUUAAUGAUGAUUGUUCUGCGAAGGCCGUAACGCCAAUAGAAGCUAUAACUAUUGCGGAGAUGGAAGAAGUUCGUGCUUUCAUAAUUGAACAGCGAAAGAAGAAGGAAGCCGCUGAAGCGCGUCGGAGACGCUCAAUCACAAAAUCAAGUACUACACUAAGUUCAGUAUCUUCCAAAAGCAAGCCGCCCUCCGCAAAAAAGAUGCAAAUUAAAAAAGUCAAAAAAGCUUGCCAUAAUGAUGGAGUGAUAAAGGCAAUUGUUGAGCGUAACAAAAAUGAAGAAAAUGUUGAGCCUGUUGAUGACGUAAUGAUGGACUAUGAGGAUGAAGAGGAUGAUUCUGAAGAUCCUGACUCCAAUGAAAUCUUUGAUUUAGGCGAUAAUGAGGAAGAGUACAAGAAAAUGAAGGCUGAGCGUACGUUAACAUUAAUUUUAUAA